UUGUCUUCCAUGCGCAUUUUGGUCUUCUAAAAUUAUUUUGUUGGGUUUUUGUCCUACUUACACUUGUUUACUGUUCACUUUUUUCAUCUUUAUUCGUCUUCAUGCGAGUAUAAAAGUUCAGAAAGACAUCGCGGUUCUCGGACGUGAGGAUGGAAGUCUUGGAGGACAAGUUUGUCAGCUUGGCGCUGGCUGGCCGCUGUGCUCCAGACGACGCCACCUACCUCCUGGAUGUGGCGCUGCACCCCGUCGGCGCCGUGCUGGCGGUGUCGUGUUCCAACUUGGCGCUGCGUCUGCACGACGAGGCCACGCUGCGCCUCGUGGGCGAGUAUCGCGGGCACGCCGGUCGCGUGUGCGGCCUGACCUUCGCUCACGCGCGCCCCGAUCUCCUCUACUCUGCGUCGGUGGACGGGACUGUCCGGGCCUGGGAUGUCCGCCGCCCGGGGACGGACGCCGCCCAAGUGUUCCGCGGCGACCCGUCGCACAGCUUCUGUAGCUUCGACCUGAGCUGCGGCGAUGCGCUGCUCUGCGCCGGCACUUCGCUGGACGACGAAGACAGCCUGUUGGUGUUCUGGGACAGCAGGAAGCCCGGCGUUGCCCCGCUGGGCAUCUACUCCGAGUCGCAUAGCGACGAUAUCACUCAGGUGCGCUUCCACCCGCGCGACAAGGACCGGCUGGCGUCCGGCUCCACCGACGGCCUGGUGAACGUGUUCGACGUGCGGCGCGGGUCCGAGGAGGAGGCGCUGCUGUGCACGUGCAACAGCGAGUCGUCGGCGGCGUCAGUGCGCUGGGCGGCGGCUGACGGGAGCCGUUUGCUGUGCCUCAGCCAUGACGAGGGGCUGCACCUGUGGGACCUCCGGCAGCUGGACACCGAGCGACCGCUCGCCGUCUUCAGCUGCCCGGACGUCCGGCGCUCGGAAGUCAAGCCGGACGGUCGGGGCCCGGAAUACCUGGUGGGCGGGGCCUGGCUGGAGGGGGCGGGCCAGCUGCUGGUGGUGGGCGGGGACAGGGGCGGCGACGUUCAGCUGAUGGAGUGCGACGACGAGGGGCUGCGUCUCCUCGGGACCCUCCGCGGGGGACACGCCUCCACCGUCAGGUGCUUUGUGUGGGACGAGGCCCGGGGGGCGCUGGUCACCGGGGGGGAGGACGCGCAGCUGUUGCUAUGGAAACCGGGAGGGGAAGAGCAAGACGCGGGGAAGAAGAAGGACAGGAAAAGUUCUUCUGUUUUAAAACUAAAAUCGGGACCUCACAAAAAACACAGCUACACGAAGAAGCCACCGUACUGACAAAAUGUAUGACAGAAAAUAGUGUCCGGUUGGAACUCAAACCCCUCCUUUGUACAGUAGUUGACAGCCUGGUCCACAAUUGGCCGCUGUUGUUUGCUGGCGCUGUGGCGGAAUCGACGGGGAGAGACUGGUACAUGCAUUUCUGGGUUGUGCCGCUGCUUGUCAAAGAUAAACGACUACUAGAUCUGGCAAACAGUUGUGCCUAUGUAGCGGCCAUGUUGGCAGGGGGGCGAUGUUCCCAUCAAAGACAAUGCAAGGACAAUAGCUUAGCGUCGCCGUAAUUACGCAGUUGAAAAGGGGCAUGUCAAAGCCACCUAUUCAAAUCGAUGGCUGGUGUUUACACGGGCGCUCAUCGUGUCGUCUCGCAAACAUUCUAUACUGAUUUUGGUGCCGUCUACAGUUGUUUUCUGUCAGGCCCUUCUCUAUGGCAUCCAGUUGUAACGGAGGUGAAAAAAGGAAGCGCACAAACUCGUGAAACUAUGUAUAUUUUGGAAAAGUACAAAACAAUAAUUUUGUUAUUUUUAGGCCAUGAAAGAAAGUGCUACAAUUUAACAGAAAAUCAGCUUUAAAGGACGACCCUUCCCCCCUAUUAGUCCGUUAAAUUGAGGUUCCGCUGUACUUAUAUUUCUGUCAGACUACUACUCACAUGUUUAAAUUAUGUUUGGAUUUGAAAUACUUAAUCAUAUGUUUUAAAAUACAUUUUAACUGUGAAAAAAUAUUCAUAAUUCACAAGGCGACACAUGCCAAACAGAUAUCAUUCACAUACAAGGUGAAUAAUAUUGGACUGAGGACUCAUCCCUGUGGAACUCCGCUUGUUACUUUGAUUAGGUCUGAUUUGACUUAAAGCUAUAGUAUGGAACUUUUGGUGCCCCACAAGCUUGAAUUUUGCACUACAACAAAAGAACAGAGCCGUUGGUUCAAUAUGAUGUAGGCAAUGCAUGUUAUGCCCCUUAUAUGUGAUUCUACAAAAAUUUUACUAUGUUUUGAAGGACAUGCAGCCUUUAAAAAAAAAAUAAAAAAUAUAUUUUUUUCUGUGGCAUCAUUUGCAGUGCACCACCAAAUGAAUAGGGCAUUCGCAAAAUAAAAAAAUAUAAAUAGAGCAAGAUGUUAGAGGAGGUGAAUGGCUUACUCAGCAGUAUCUCCUGUAGUAGUGGCUUGGGAGAAAAUUACUUUUUUAAACAAAAAAGUUGUGGCUUGUAUCUUUAAUAUAACAGCCCAAAUUGUUUUUUUUAUUCAAAAGGUAGUCAGUAAGCCAUAUUUGUGCUUUUCCUUUGACUCUAUCGCUUUCUAAUUUUCUCAUCAGUAUAGUGUGGUUUUCAGUGAAGACUCUUAAUUGUCCAUACUUGUGGAUGUUUUUUUGUUUUUUUUUGUCUGAAUAUGCCCUGUGAUUGGCUGACAACCUGUUCAAGGUCAACCUUGCCUAGUUGUCAAAGUCAGCAAAAUUCAAGUUUUAGGCUUGAACAUUUGUACUUUGAAGACU